CCCCCCCGCCCCCCCAUCCUUUUAAAGAUUUUUCCAAAAUGAAGAAAUUUAAUUUCCGCAAAGUUUUGGAUGGUUUAACUGCCUCAUCUCCUGGUGGCAGUAGCAGUGGUGGCAGUAGCAGUGGUGGUGGAAUUGGGGCUGGAAGUGGAUCCGUGCAUCCAGGAGGGACUGCAGGUGCUGCAGGGACACCCAGAGAUGAGAUCCAGGAAAUCCUAUCUUCGGAUUAUUUCCAGAUUUGUAAGACGGUUCGCCAUGGUUUUCCUUAUUUGCCCACUGCCUUAGCUUUUGACCCAGUUCAGAAAAUUCUGGCUGUGGGGACAAGAACAGGAGCCAUACGAAUACUGGGCAGACCUGGUGUUGAUUGCUACUGCCAACACGAAAGUGGUGCCGCGGUACUGCAGCUCCAGUUCUUAAUCAAUGAGGGUGCCUUGGUCAGUGCGAGUGCAGAUGACACGCUUCAUUUGUGGAACCUAAGACAGAAACGGCCGGCUAUUCUUCAUUCUCUGAAAUUUAACAGAGAACGGAUUACUUACUGCCAUCUACCUUUCCAAAGUAAAUGGCUCUACGUUGGAACAGAGAGGGGAAAUACACAUAUUGUAAAUAUUGAGUCCUUCAUUCUUUCUGGAUACGUUAUAAUGUGGAACAAGGCAAUAGAACUAUCCACAAAGACUCACCCUGGCCCAGUUGUACACCUAAGUGAUAGCCCAAGAGAUGAGGGAAAACUAUUAAUAGGCUAUGAAAAUGGGACGGUAGUACUCUGGGACUUGCGAUCAAAAAGAGCAGAUUUAAGAGUUUACUAUGAUGAGGCUAUUCAUUCUGUAGACUGGCAUCAUGAGGGGAAGCAGUUCAUGUGCAGUCACUCUGAUGGCAGCUUGACUCUGUGGAACUUGAAAAGUCCUAGCAGACCAUUUCAGAUAACAAUCCCACAUGGAAAAAUUCAAAGAGAUGGGAAAAAACCUGAGUCUUGUAAACCAAUUCUUAAAGUAGAGUACAAGACAUGUAAAAGCAGUGAACCAUUUAUAAUCUUUUCUGGUGGACUGUCCUAUGACAAAGCUUGUCGAAGACCAAGUCUAACCAUCAUGCAUGGAAAAGCUAUUACGGUGCUUGAAAUGGAUCACCCUAUAGUGGACUUUUUAACUCUUUGUGAAACACCAUAUCCAAAUGAAUUUCAAGAACCCUAUGCUGUAGUUGUACUAUUGGAAAAAGAUCUCAUUGUUGUUGACCUAACACAAAGCAAUUUUCCAAUCUUUGAAAAUCCUUAUCCCAUUGACAUUCAUGAGUCACCAGUUACCUGCACAGAAUAUUUUGCUGACUGUCCUCCAGAUUUGAUUCCCGUAUUGUAUUCUGUAGGAGCUAAACAUAAAAAGCAAGGAUACAGCAAUAAGGAAUGGCCAAUCAGUGGGGGAGCAUGGAACCUAGGAACACAGACAUAUCCUGAAAUUAUUAUUACAGGUCAUGCAGACGGAUCGAUAAAGUUUUGGGAUGCCUCUGCCAUAACUCUACAGAUGUUGUACAAGUUAAAAACCUCAAAAGUGUUUGAAAAACAGAAGCUAGGGGAAGGAAAACCAACAACUGAGAUUGUAGAAGAAGAUCCUUUUGCCAUUCAGAUGAUGUACUGGUGCCCUGAAAGCCGAAUAUUCUGUGUGGCGGGAGUCUCUGCAUAUGUUAUUGUUUACAGAUUCAGCAAACACGAAGUGAAUACUGAAAUAGUGUCAUUAGAGGUGCGACUUCAGUAUGACGUAGAAGAUAUCAUUACUCCUGAACCAGAAAUAAUUCCUCCGUUUCCUGAUGCCUCAUCCCAACUUCCUUCCUUAAAGAGCCUUUCAGGCAGUACCAACACUGUGGCAUGUGAAGGAACGAUGAAGGACAGUAUCCCAUGUCUUAGUGUUAAGACUCGACCUGUGCGAAUGCCUCCUGGGUACCAAGCAGAACUUGUUAUUCAGUUGGUAUGGGUGGAUGGUGAGCCUCCACAACAAAUCACCAGUCUGGCCAUAAACUCAGCCUAUGGACUAGUUGCAUUUGGGAACUGCAACGGUUUGGCUGUUGUGGAUUUUAUGCAGAAGACAGUAUUGCUGAGCAUGGGAACCAUUGACCUAUACGGAUCAAGUGAUCCAUACCAGCGUCAGCCCCGUUCUCCACGCAAAAACAAGCAGUUCUCUGCAGACAACUUUUGCAUGCGUGGCCUGUCUAACUUUUAUCCAGAUUUAACGAAACGGAUCCGUACUUCCUAUCAGAGCCUGACUGAACUCACUGACAGUCCAGUUUCCCUGGAGCUAGAGCGUUGCAAGUCUCCCACUUCAGUUAAAGGAUCAAGAAAAUUAAGUCUGCCAACAGAUCUUAAGACUGAUCUUGAUCAUGUAAACGGGCACUGUACAAGCCCAACCUCCCAAACUUGCAGCUCUGGAAAACGGCUCUCUAGCGCAGAUGUUACAAAAUCAAAUCGCCGAGGGCCUGGGAGGCCCCCAUUUAGAAAAGCACAGUCUGCGGCUUGCAUGGAGAUUUCCCUUCCAGUCACAACAGAAGUAGGUUACAUUUCCAGACGGGCAAUGCUUCAGCAAUUACAUGGAGUCAGUACAUUCUCACACGACGAGCGUCACUAUGCCGCUUACACAUGGAUGGACAAAGAAAACCGGGAAAACACCUUCAGCCGUUCCCGAAGCUCCAGUGUCUCCAGCAUCGACAAGGAGUCCAAGGAAGCAAUUACAGCUUUGUACUUUAUGGAGACCUUUUCACGGAAGAAUGACUCUACGGUCUCCCCCUGUCUGUGGGUUGGAACAGGCCUUGGUAUGGUCUUAAUCAUCUCCCUUAAUCUGCCUGCUACUGAGGAAUUAAGGCAGACAGAACCGGUCAUGGUGUCUCCAAGUGGUACAGUUCUGACACUGAAGGGAGCAGUGCUGACUUUUUCAUGCCUGGACUGCAUGGGAGCAUUGAUACAUUCACCCUAUGAAGUAUGGAGGGAUCCAAACAGCAUAGAUGAUAGUGAAAAAACGAGAAAAAGAAAACUUGUCAUGUAUUCUCCUUCGUCCUCCCAGGAAAUGGGAGAUCAUCAGUUUGCUGUCAUCUGCUCAGAAAAACAAGCCAAAGUGUUCUCACUGCCUUCCCAGACAUGCCUCUAUGUUCACAACAUCACAGAAACGUCCUUUCUAUUGCGAGCAGAUGUGGUGACCUUGUGUAACAGCAUCUGCCUGGCUUGCUUUUGUGCCAACGGGCAUAUCAUGACAAUGAGCUUGCCCAGCCUUCGCCCAAUGCUGGAUGUCAACUAUUUGCCAGUAACAGACAUGAGGAUAGCACGGACAUUUUGUUUCACCAAUGAAGGGCAAGCUUUGUAUCUCAGCUCUCCCACGGAGAUCCAGCGACUGACAUACAGCCAGGAGAUGUGUGACAAUCUACAGGACAUGCUUGGGGAUUUGUUUACCCCAGUGGAAACACCAGAAGCCCAGAACAGAGGCUUUCUCAAGGGGCUGUUUGGAGGAAGCGGGCAGACCUUUGACAGAGAAGAGCUGUUUGGCGAGGCUUCAGCAGGAAAAGCCUCUCGGAGUCUGGCUCAGCACAUCCCUGGCUCGGGGGGAAUCGAGGGUAUGAAAGGAGCUGCAGGAGGGGUAAUCGGAGACUUGGCUCGUGCGCGCCUCGCCCUUGAUGAGAGAGGACAGAGACUGGGAGAACUGGAUGAAAAGACUGCAAGCAUGAUGGCUAGUGCAGAGGCAUUUUCCAAACAUGCACAUGAGUUGAUGCUGAAAUAUAAGGACAAGAAAUGGUACCAGUUUUAGACUUUUAAAGAAGCUGCUUGGCUUUGAUGAGAACACUAUUCAGGGAAGCGGAACUUAUUCCCAACACUACCAAUCACUGGCCAGAAACAAAACUUUCUCCUAGGAAAUGUUUUCCUGUUAUUUGUUUGGAUUCACCACAAGCGGGAAGUCAAGGAGAAGUUUUAUAUCCCACAAAACGGAGCCUAGAGUUGUACUGGUCUUUUAGUCAAAAUACCUGGCUUAUGGUGUAGUAAAUCUUUUUCCAAAAGCAACUGAACAGUCACAUUGGCAUGUAGCUUUUUUCAGAAGCUCUAGGAAUGAACUGUGGAGAGUGUAUCUGGUUAAAAAUAUCCUGUACAAACCUAGAAUGUUAAUGCACUUAUUAAAAAAAAAUGAAUACAAUUUUGCAUGACCAAUUGACAUCUUAAAAAGAAAGCAUGUUGUGACCGAAGAAAAAGGGAUUGAUUUCUAUGCUGAGCAAAAAAUAUUUAAAAACAGCAAAAAUCUUUAUUUUUAAAAACAACCCUACAACCAGCCAGUACAUUUCAAGUGUGGGCGCUGCUGCUCUGGACAGAAAAAGGAGAUGAGCUGCAUUGUCUUAUUUGCUGCUAGUUCUUUUCCUUAUAAAAUCUUAGGUUGAACUCAUCAGUGCUAUUUAAUUCCUAUCCAAAGAAUAAACUAACAUCCAAAUCCAAUCCAAAUGCUUUCUUUAGUGUUUGUGAAGGAGCCAGUUGGGAUGUCACCUAAGUGAGAGUAGAGGGUGUCUUUACAACCCAAAGAGUGCAGGAAACACCUUCCAUAACUACUAAUUUUCUGAAAGCAUCCUUUGAGGGGGCUGUGAUAACAUUUGUCACCCCAGGAGUGUCUGAAUCACUUGGUUGCCUUGUUUUUUCAAUAUUAGAAGCUGAAGAGAAGGUGAGUCAGUAAUUUAUUGAAUUAAACUGAAGAAAGUAGAGGGCCCAGUGGAUCAAGCUGGUAAAUCCCCUCAAGUCAGUGACUUCAGCAGCUUGCAGGAAAGAGUUGCACUGAAGCAAUGCUAAGCAAAUUGCACAGUAACCCAAUUUAAAGCUGGUGGGCUGACGAUCACACCAGCAACAGGUUUGAGCUGCAAAGCCCAGCAGAUGUAAUUUUAUAUAGACCAGUUUCUCUACUGUCUUGCCUGGUGUAUUACCACUUACAACCUGUGCAAAACACUGCCACAGAGAUGAGUGAGUGGAGAAUUCAGGAGCACAUUAUAUCUACUUUGCACAAGUGUAAAUGCCCACACAAGGUGCAAGGUACUGGUGAAAUAGGCUGUUCAUAUCGGUAAAGCUGCUGCCAGACCUCAACUGCUGCCACGGGGCUUUAUGUGGUUUCCAUUAUGGGCUUUUAAUUUUCUUCAUUUUGCAGAUACUGUCAGAUUCUUUUCCACAACUGUUUAUCAUGAUGUAUUUGCCUGAACAGCAUUCACAUGCCAGAACAGUCAAUUUCCUUCCCCAGCUCAGUUUUACUCCUCUGCAUCAGCAUAAUUUCCAAAGUAACCAACUGUGAAGUCAGAUGGAUUCUAAAAUUGACUUGGGAACAAGGUGCCAAGGUCAUGUUUGCCAGCAAGUAUGCACAAGUACAAACUAGGGAGAGAGAGACACUUUGUAUCAGGAGAAUUCACUUUGAAGGAAAAUGGUCUGAGAAAGUAGCUGCAGCUAGUGACUUCCCAAAUAGCCAUGUCCAUCAGAUUUGCUUUAACUUCCUACGUUUGUAUCAUGACAGUUUAAUGCACACUCUGGACUGCAAGACACUGCUCUGGAUUCUGCAUUUCCAUGGAAAGCACUGCUAACCCUCACUCAGUCGCUCUCUCAGCUAUUCCUUUCUCAUAUCUUCCCUGUUUUUAGUGGUGGGGUGGGUGCUCACUGGCAAAAACAUCUAUUGUAUAUUUAAUUUAGCUCAAUUUUAGAUAUAGGUUUUGGACUCAGAAGUCUGGCAUCACAAGCUGUGUGAAUUAAGGCUAUGGCACAAGUUUGAAGCGUCAUUAAGGUUACACUGUUAUGGCUCUAUAUGAAUUUUGUGCUAGUCAGAAUGUUUAAAUUUUGCUGCGGGCAAGGUUAAAAUGACAGCUUUGACUGUUGUAGUCCAGUUCUAAGCCUCUAAAAAGCCUUAUGGCUAAUCCAGCCCCUGUGUGAAUUGCAUGUUUACUCCACGUGUACUCUGGCCUAUAGUUAGUCUAAAUCACUAAUCUUGUGGGCACUUUAGCUUUACAAACACCUUAGAGAGGAUAUGUUCCCUAAUUUAGCUGCAAGACUAGAGAAGGUAUUUAAAUGGUCACUGGAUUAGGCUCAGACCAAACAGGUAAAGAUUCAGGAGGGAAAUCCUGCUACCAGGCACAUGAGUUCGUUCUGUAACUUACUGCACCUGUUUCUAUACUAAUAUAACGGGUCUGAAAAGGAUAUUCCUGGUUCAAGUGUGAUGCCAUGUACAUCUCCUCUACUGGCUACACUGGGAGUUUCCAUUGCAAUUCAAUGACAUGUUGCAGUAUCCAUAGAUGUAUCACACAUAACUGUGUGGGCAGAUUAGUGGAAAGCUUGGUGAGUGAUUAGGAUGGUACUAGUUCUGUGGUGUAUAGAAAUUCUCGGCUUGCUAUUCCGCUUUUAGGCAGAGGUGUUGCUCUAACAUCAAUUCAGGGACCUCUGAUCCUGAAUGAAAUGGGAGCCUCCUUAGGCAGAUGCUAGAGCUCACUCUGUCAUGAAGCAGUUGCACAAAUCAGUUUGAACAGCUACAGCCUGCGUGAGGGAAAUGUGCCUCCAGUAGGCCAUUUACAUUACACUUGCUCUAUCAACAGUCUCUAACUUAACACCACGCUGUAUCAGUGGGAAAGCCAGCCAGUAGCUUUCAAUUUGUCUCUUUACUUCACAAAAGAAGAAGAAUUUAGAUUCCCCAAACAUAAAAUUUUGGAUGUUUAAAUCCUUCAUUGUUUUCUCUAGAAAAACUCCCCAGAAGGUCACAACUGUAUCUUCCUUUCAUCUAUGGCAUAUUGUACAUCUUUCCAAAAAGUUACAAAUUCCUGUUUCUGUAAUGUUCAGCUUUUGUGACUAUAAUUAUUAAUUUUCUUGUAGUCUGUAGAGAUCUAAAAAAUUGUAUAUGUUUGUAUAUAGAACGUUCUAUUGAGAUUUACCAUGGAUGUGGCGAAAAAUCUUUACCUUAAAAUUUAAUAAGGGAGGGGGAAGCCUGGCCGGUUAGUUUCUUGUGACAUGAGGAGGAGUGUGGGAUUUUUAAAGGGCCUACCCUAAACAUUUUUUGUUAAUAACAAGAGUAAUAAAGUUGCAGCCUUCAAGCUGAUAAGCAUAGCAAUGAUUUUACUUGCUGAGAAGAAAAUUAGGACACUAGGCUUUCUAAGAAGAAUGUUGAACUCAAAUGUGCUUUCACCUUUUCUACCAAGCCAGCACCAGCUCACACAAAAUCCAUAACUUUUAGGCUCUUUCAACAUCUGAACUCUUAGUUUAAAAAGUACAAACUCCAGAUAGGUUACAUUAGAUCUAACGUAUAAAAGGCUCUCUCUAGCGACACUUUGGCAUAAUGUUGCUCAAUUAAAUAUUUUUAUGAUGUUAAAAAAUGCAUAUUUUUUUGUGAGUGAAAAAUGUAUUAUCCCAAACAAUCCGAUAUACAAAAUACACACACAGCUAGGGGUGUAAUAUGCAGAUAAAAUAUAUUUAAUUAGAUUCAUUAUGUGGCUUCUCAUUAGAUGAGUCCUUACUAGUAAGAACUAUUUUAUGUGCAGCCAACUCCUAGACAUAGACCACUUUAAACUUCAAUUCUGAAUUAAAAAAUUUAAAAAAAAUCUAAUGAAAUUCUGUAACAGCACCAGAAUUUGUUCUCUAUAAUCACAUAAGAUUUUUCUAAAUCAUAUUUUUUUACAUUCCUGUGUCCCAAUUAUUUAUACUUUUGAGUAGAUGUGGUCUGACUGCAUUUCUGAAUUCAAAUUAGACCUUUUUUCUCUGUAUUAAACAGAAUAUAGGUUUUGCAUAAAUAUUUAAAUAUACACAGAUAUUCGAUUAUUAGACAUGUGAAGUUAUCACAAAAAUUCUCUGUACAACUUUUUACAUAUUGCUUUUUCAGAAACCAUCUCACAUCCAAUUCCUUGUGUGUAUUAUAAUAAAUAAAUUGUAUACUGAAAAAAUAAUUCUGUAUGUAUCUAAUGUGGAAAAACAUCACAGCUAAUGUAAACCUUGUAUUCAACCUCAGGAUUAUUCUAUUUAUAAAUUGUCUCUAUUAUAUCACAGGCAAAUUGCCAGACUGCAUUUAAUUGCACCCUUUAAGUAUUCUACUCUGGGUAUCCCACAUCACUUUUCAUGACCUAAAGGUGAAUGCAAACACAAUAUAUUUCAGUCUUGAUUAAUUUUGCCCUGGUAAGGUGUCAGUAAGAAAACACUCUCUCUCAUUAAUGAGUUGCAUGUUUUCAUUUGUUGACAACACUUCAUCUAGCUGUAAUUCAUGUAAAAGAGUUUCCAUUCAUGUGUUUUCUCUUAUGUGAUUAUUGACUAAAAUCAAAAUAUUGUACCUUUUUUUUUUUUAAACUAGUGUCCAAUAUUCUGGCUCUGUCAAGGAACUGUGGACAAAUUAUGUGUGGUUUUCAUUAAUGAGGCACCACCUAAUAUUUCAAAAUGAAGGUUAAAUCCAGGAGUGAACCACACACUCCUCCUGCUCCAAUAACCGUUUACUGUUUUGACAGGUAUCCUAAAAUUGGCAUCACAAAGGUAAAUUAAGACACCUUUGAUUGAAGCUAUUCUGAGUUCCCAGUGAAAGAACUGAUGGAAAGAAAAUAAAGGAAAGAAUUGACAUUA